UUCUUCCCUCUCCUCCAGAGCCCCAGCAUCCUCCCCGGCAUCCAGAGCUCCGGCAUCCUCCAGAGCUCCGGCAUCCUCCGGCAGCGCCGAUGCUGAGCACGGAAAGUUUCGCUGGGGCGAGAGCCCUGGGCGAGGAAUCACUGCAGAUGUGGGACCUCAACAAGCGGCUGGAGGCCUACCUGGCCCGCGUGAAGUUCCUGGAGGAGGAGAACGAGGUGCUGCGAGCCGAAAUCCAGAGUGCCAAGGGCAGCCCCGCGGGGGACUCGUGGAGGGCGAAGUAUGAAGAGGAGCUGCGGACCCUGCGGGAUGCGCUGGAUCAUGCCUUCAGGGAGAAGUGCACAGCCGAGCUGGCCAGGGACAACCUUUACGAGGAGGUCCAGCAGGUGAAAAGCAGGUGCCAGAAGGAGCAGGCGGCCCGAGAAGAAGCCAAGAAGCAGCUAUCCCUGAGCAGGAAGGAGCUGGAGGAGGAGAGGCGAGCGCAGAUCUGGCUGAAGGAGAGAGCCGUGCAGCUGGAGAAGGAGGUGGAAGCCUUGCUGGAGGUGCACGAGGAGGAGAAAGCGGGGCUGGACCAGGAGAUCGCAAACUUCUCGCAGAGCCUGGAGACCUUCCGCUGCGCGCCGGUGGCUUUCCAGCCAGUGGAGGUGGAGGACUACUCCAAGAGGCUCUCGGAGAUCUGGAAAGGGGCGGUGGAGACCUACAAGACAGAGGUGUCACAGCUGGAGGGUUCCCUCUGCCAGGCCAAGGAGAACCUCUGGAAGGCUGUGGAGGACAACCAGCAGAGCCAGCUGCAGCUCCAGCACCUGGAGAAGGACCUGGCGGGGCUCAAAGCACGGAAGGAGAUGCUGGAGGAGAGCCUGGCCCGGCAGUGGCAGGAGCAGCGCGGGGAGGCAGAGAAAUUUCAGCUGGCAAUGGAGGCCCUGGAGCAGGAGAAGCAGACCCUGCGGGUGCAGAUCGCCCAGGUGCUGGAGGACAGGCAGCAGCUCAUGCACCUCAAGAUGUCCCUCAGCCUGGAAGUGGCGACCUACAGGACGCUGCUGGAAGCGGAGAGCACCCGCUUGCAAAUGCCAGCUGGGGAAUACAAGCUGGCCAACGGCUUGCGAGAUCUCAAGCUGGAGGUGGGCAGCAGCAGCAAGCUGGCACCGGUGAGCAUCGAGGCCAGGCGGCUGCUGCCCUGGGACCACCAUGCCAGCCCCUCCAUCUUCCCCAGGGCAGAGGGGAGGGGGCCGACAGCAAAAGCCCAAAGUGACCCCCUGACACCCAAAAGCCAGAGCCCCGGUGCCAGGGAGCUCCAGAAAAUCAGCUCAGUCCUCCAUGCCACGGCACCACCGGCUGCCAGCAUGGCCAGGGAGCCGGGUGGUCCCAGCUGCCCCACGCCGAGCCCCUCACAGCCUGGCAAAGCUGCCCCUCCUCUCUCCCCGGAACCCCCCAGCCCUGUGCCGCCAGAGCCAGGGAGCCCAGGGGGAGAGGGUCCCGCCUGGCCGGGGGGAGCCAGGGGUGAGAUGGGCCAAGGGAAGGAGCAUCCUCUGCCUGGAGCCAUGGUGGAGACCCACGAUGCCAGCGUCGAGCCCCCGGGAGCAGCAGCCCCCCCCAGCCUGCAGUUCCCAGCCCAGCUGGUCAGCGAGGCGCUGGAGGAUGCUCUCAAGGAAAUGAAAGACGAUGCUCAGCCCAAAGAAGAGCCCACGCUCAGCGCCACAUGGGCCCCCCGCGCCACCCAUGCCCCUAGCCCCAUUCCCCCCAUCGAUGCCUGCAAAGGGGCUGUCACAGAGGGGGUCAGGGAAGAGCAAGACCCCUCCGAGGGUGCCUGGGAUGACGAAGCCCCCGAAGCAGAGGAGAGGGCUGGGGAAGCCGUGCUCCAGGGGCUGGCUGUGGAGAGCAGAACCCUGCGGGAUGGAGCCACGUCCCCACCAGGACCACAUCCCUGUGGCACAGCUGCUUGCCUAAGCGCUGCGGUGAGCCGGGAAGAGAUGGGAGCAUGGGAGGAGGAGAUGCCCACUGCACUGAGCCCGAGGGAACCCGAGACAGUGGCCCACGAAGAGGCCAUGAGUGGCCCUGGACAGAUGGGGACCAGCUGGGAAGAGCGAGAGAGAGGGGAGGAUGAGGCAGAGGCCCCAAGCAUGGAGGCAUCGCACCUCUCGGAGGAUGAGAAGGAGAGGGGACCCCACAGCCCCCGCGGGGAGGAAGGUGAUUUCCAGGAUGAAAGAAUGGAUGCACAAGAAGGCGAGUCCCCCCAAAGGGAAGCUGAAGCUGCUCAAGCUGUCCUCAUGGAAAGCCACCCAGUUUUGCCCACGGAAAGUCACCUGGAAGAGGACCUUGUUGAUGGAGAGCAGGAGAAGUUUGAAUAUCGGGAAAUACCCGUGUGCGAGAUGGAUCUGGCUGCAGAGGAGGAAAGGGGGCUGGAAAUGCACCCAGGGCAGGAGACGUGCCCAGAGCAGGAGCCCUCGAGCAUCCCUGAGGCCAUCCCAGCAGAAGAGGCUUUAUUGGGGGCUGAAGAAAAUGCUGUGGAGAGGGAGGACCCAGGCAGAGCUAAAGAUGGUGAGGGAGAAAAGGGAAAGGCCGGUGGGGAGCCGCUGGGAGGAGAAGACCCCUGGGCAGGGGAGGCUGUGGGACCCGAAACCCUGGGACAGGAGAGUGGAGCCCAGGAGGAGCCCAGGGACCUGCAGGAAAAUGGCUUUGCAGGAGAGGUGCAGGAGCAGGAGCCGGAGCUGGAGCCAGGAGAGGAGCCCUGGGGCGGGGAGGGUGAUGGCAACGGCCAAAAAGCCCAUGCGGAGGACUGGGAGGUGACAGCAGAGGACACAGAGGGGACUCUAGGGACAGAAGAGCCAGCCUGGGCAGAUGACACCCCGACAAGUGCAGGAGGGCUGGAGAGUGAAGAGAGAGAUGGCACGUCGCCAGCAGAGCUGGAGGAAACCCAGGAAGAUGAUGAAGAAGAUGCUGAGAGCCAGGGGAUGAGCCAGCAGCAGCCGCCGCCGGAGGCUGAGCCAGCCCCAGAGCUGGCAAGGGCUGAGCAGGAUGGGACCGCGGGGCAGCCUGCCCAGGCACCCGCAGAUGCCCCCUGGCACGGGGACAGCCGGGAGGCAACCGAAGCUCCGGAGGAGCCAUGGGAGGUGCAGGAUGAAGAUGCUGAUGAUGAGCUCGGCUCAGAGCCGGGACAGCCAGAGAGCAGCAGCACCGGCCUUGUGGCACUUCAGCCGGUGCCAGGUACCAGCAGGGAGAGCAGCGAGUUGGCGGAGGAGGAUGCUGAGCGCUCGGAAGAGCUGGACCCAGCAUCUGGGAUGGGCAGGAGGAUGGAGCUGGAGGCCACGCUGCCCGACAGCACGCCCUUGGACCUCUCCGAAGGGGAGAUGCUGGCCGCGGGCGCACCCAGCCAAAACCCUGCGGAGACUGAGGAGCCCACAGAGGCAGCCCCUGCCUCUGGAACAGCUCCGGAGGAGGAAGGGUGGCUGGAAAGGAGGGACAAGCCACCAACUCCCACCAUGCCUGAGAGCCAGGAGGAGGAGGCAGGGACAGAGGCAGCCCCUGCGGCAGAGGGUGUUGAGGAGGAGGAAGGUUAUUUCAUGGUCUCUGCUCCCAACCAAGAGGUGUCCAGCUCGGAGGAGGCUGAGAUCUCCGAGGACUUUGAAGAAAUCAAAGUUGAAGCAACCGAAGCCAGCAAAGAUGAGCUGGAAGCUCCGGGAGAAGCAUCUCCGGUGCCAGAGGAUGAAGGGCACUUCGAGGCGUUUGUUGGUGAAGCAGAGGAAGACCUGAAGAUGCCCACAGAAGAACCUGAGAUGCCAAAGGAUGAGGAUGAGGAUGAUGCUGGAGGUUUUACUGCUGAGCUGGAGGAAGACCCGGCUGUGCUUGAAGCAGAUCCCGGCUCCCCCGGGGCUGCAGGGCAAUUAGCAGGUGGCACUGAUGAGCCAGCCCAGGGUGCCACGGGCACCGGCGCGGGUGAGGGACCGGCACGCUUGGAGGGUUUGGCUGCUGAAUCGGACGAGGAGAUUCCGCUCGCUCUGGAGAGCGAUGCCGGCAGCACCAAAAUGCUCCCUGGCUGCAACCUGGGGCUGGUGGGGCAGGAGGAGGAGGAGGAGGAGGAGGAGGAGGAGGAGGAGGAGGAGGAGGAGGAGGACCCCGGCACAGCUCCCCAUGACACGGCUGUGCCCAUCCCCCCAGCACUCCAGACCCCCACAAUGCCCGUUUCUUUGCAGCCUGACCAAGCAGAGCAGACAUCGGAUGAGCAGCCACCUGCGGAGGAGGAAGCACUGGAGGGUGACAACCCUUCCCCAGCCGGGGAUGAGGAGCCCCCCGAAGCCGACCCACCUCGGCCGGGCUCCCCACCGGAGCAGGGAGGUUUUCCAGAGAUGAUUAAAGAAAGCCUGAGCGCGGCUGAUCUCUCUGCAAAGGUGUCGGCAGACGUCAUGAAAGACUCGGAUAUAUUGGAAAUAGUCGAGCAAGCCCUGGAGUUCAACCAGGAGCUGGUGAUGGGAGUGAGGGCGGCUGAGGGUGGGCAACGGGAUCCCGGCGGGACUGAGCUCCCCCGGGACACUGGGGAAGACUCCUCGCCUGCCUCGUCCAGUGAGGAGGAGCCGACGGUGCAGGAGGCACCGGCAGAUGCGGCAAUGGCAACAGAGGGUCCGGUUCGGGCUGAGAACGGGCUGCACCGGGAGGCCAGCCUGGAGGAUCUGACUGAAUUCACCGAGGAGGUGCUGAACGGCAUCACCGAUGCCCCACCGGCACAGGAGUUCCCCACCGAGACCGCAGACCCCACCGCGGUGAUGCCACUACAGCCCUCAGCUCCUGGAGAUGUCACCCCCGCCACCAAGCUGGCCGAUGCCACCCCGCGUGGCAAGCACGGCGGAGCCGACACCGGCCCCGUACCGUCCGCUUUGGGGGGGGACGUCUUGUGCCUUGCACCCGACCAGCCGCCAGCGUGCCGGCUGAGAGCUGAGCAGGAGCCCUGGUCCUCAGGGGACGAGUGAUGGUGGCCAGGGGGGGACCCCUCCGGUAGCCCCCUCCCUGCCAAAACCCAGCCCCCUCACUUUACCCACCCACCCACCUAAAGCUUCUCCAUCUCUUUAUGAUUUUUUUUAACACCUUUGUGUGGAUUUUUUGCACCCCUUGUCAGAGUGAAGAACCACCAAGCUCAGUUCCCUGCCCAGCCCCCCCAAAUUCGCAUGCUUGCUCCGGGACCCCAGCCUCAUUUUCUGCCCCCUCUGGGUGGGUUGCCGCGGCUGUAUUUAAUUUAAACCCCAUAUUUCCCCCUUCCUUGCAAUCUCCCCCCCUUCAACCCCCCAGCACACCUGCCCCAGGAAGCCCAGCUGGAAGCUGGGGACCCCCACAGGCUGUACCCCCAGACCCAGCGCCUCGGGGUGAGGGCACCCCCGGGGUCCCCUGCCCCCACCUGCCGACACUCGUGGGGCUGACCCAUGCCAGAUGUAUUCGCUGCCUUGACGUUAAUUUAAUAAAGCCUCGUCCUCCC